GUGGGGCGUAGCAACUACAACUCCCAGAGGGCCGCGCGGCCGCGGGCCCUUCAGUUCCCAGGACUACCCCGGCCAGCGGGCGGAAGCCGGAGCUUCGGAGGCCGCUGGAGCCUGGAGCUGGCGACACCACGACGUGCGCCUUGGGACCUGCUGUCGGCGCGCCAACUGCCCACCACCUCUUGCCCCGCGCCGCCAUGAAGGACUCGUUGGUGCUGCUUGCCCGCGUCCCGGCGCACCCCGACUCCCGCUGCUGGUUCCUGGCCUGGAACCCCGCGGGGACCCUGCUGGCUUCGUGCGGUGGAGACCGUAGAAUCCGCAUCUGGGGCACCGAGGGUGACAGCUGGAUCUGCAAGUCUGUUCUUUCUGAAGGCCAUCAGCGCACUGUGCGGAAGGUGGCCUGGUCCCCUUGUGGGAACUACCUAGCCUCUGCCAGCUUUGAUGCUACCACUUGUAUUUGGAAGAAGAACCAGGAUGACUUUGAGUGUGUAACCACUCUUGAAGGCCACGAAAAUGAGGUCAAGUCAGUGGCUUGGGCCCCCUCUGGCAACCUCUUGGCCACCUGCAGCCGAGAUAAGAGUGUGUGGGUCUGGGAAGUUGAUGAAGAAGAUGAGUAUGAAUGUGUCAGCGUCCUCAAUUCCCACACACAGGAUGUCAAGCAUGUGGUUUGGCACCCGAGCCAGGAGCUAUUGGCUUCUGCUAGCUAUGAUGACACGGUAAAGCUGUACCGGGAAGAAGAGGAUGACUGGGUAUGCUGUGCCACCCUUGAGGGCCAUGAGUCCACUGUGUGGAGCUUGGCCUUUGAUCCCAGUGGCCAGCGACUGGCAUCUUGCAGUGAUGACCGUACAGUGCGCAUCUGGCGUCAGUAUCUGCCAGGCAAUGAACAAGGGGUGGCAUGCAGCGGUUCCGACCCCAGUUGGAAAUGUAUCUGCACUUUGUCGGGCUUCCACUCCAGGACCAUUUACGACGUUGCUUGGUGUCAGCUGACAGGGGCCCUGGCCACUGCUUGUGGGGAUGAUGCCAUCCGGGUGUUUGAGGAGGACCCCAGCUCAGAUCCACAGCAGCCCACCUUCUCCCUGGCUGCCCACUCGCGACAGGCCCAUUCCCAGGAUGUCAACUGUGUAGCCUGGAACCCCAAGGAGCCUGGGCUCCUGGCUUCCUGCAGUGAUGACGGGGAGGUGGCCUUCUGGAAGUAUCAGCGGCCUGAAGGCCUCUGAGCUACUACGACUUUGGAGUAAAGGUUCCCCAGGAAGCUGAAAGACUUCUAGUCCUCGGGGACCUGGAAAAGCUUGCUUGACCUUCAUUUAGCCUGGCUCACCUCUCCUGAGACCUGCAUGGCAGUGUGGAACCACAGGACUUUCCCUCCUUGGUCCAUGAGGACCUUGGUAAAGAGCCACAGGAUGUCUACAUUGUUAGCCACAGAGUUUGUCUGCUUUAGGGGACAGUGUGUUACAUUUUGGGGGAUGAAUAUAAUAUUUAUAAUCACGGCA